AUGGCGGACACAGGGAGCCUGGAGUGUGUAACGGAGCACGAACGCAUUUUACAGGAGAUCGAGAGCACGGAGACGGCCUGCGUGGGCCCCACGCUGCGGUCCAUUUACGAUGAUCAGCCCAAUGCCCACAAGCGUUUUAUGGAAAAGCUGGAUGCCCGGAUUCGAAACCACGACCGGGAGAUUGAAAAGAUGUGCAACUUCCACCACCAGGGUUUUGUGGACGCCAUCACAGAGCUGCUCAAAGUCCGCGCUGAUGCAGAGAAACUACUGGGUCAAGUCAGAGACACCAACCGCAGACUGCAGGAAGCCGGAAGAGAGGUGACCGUUCAGACGGAAGAUGUGAUUCGUUGUCGUAUUCAGCAAAGAAACAUGGCCACAACUGUGGAGAAAAUGCAGCUCUGUAUUCCAGUUCUGGAAAUGUACAGUAAACUGAAGGAGCAGCUGGAGGUCAAAAGAUAUUAUGCAGCGUUGAAGACCAUGGAGCAGCUGGAGAAAGUCUACAUUCCCAGAGUGAGUCAAUAUAGAUUCUGCCAAAUCAUGGCUGAAAAUCUGCCGCGGCUCCGAGAGGAGAUCAAGGAGAUCUCCAUGUCGGACCUGAAGGACUUUCUGGAGAGCAUCAGAAAACACUCGGACAAAGUGGGAGAGACGGCCAUGAGACAAGCCCAACAGCACAGAACGUUCAACAGUGCAGUGGCCAAACAGAGCAGCACUGGACACUACACUCAGCCUUCAUACUCUCUGACUCACAACGGACAGAUGGAUGAGGAGAUGGAGGAAGACGAAGAGAUCUUGACGGCUCAGGAGCUGGUGGACUUCUCUCCUGUUUACAGGUGUCUACACAUUUACACUGUGCUGGGAGACAGAGAAACAUUUGAAAACUACUACAGGAAGCAAAGGAAGAAACAAGCGCGGCUCGUCCUACAGCCUCACGCCAAUAUGCAUGAAACAGUGGAAGGCUACAGGAGAUAUUUCAAUCAGAUUGUUGGAUUCUUUGUGGUGGAGGAUCAUGUCCUGAAUGCGACCCGAGGCCUGGUGACCAAAGCUUUCACUGAUGAGCUGUGGAACAUGGCUUUGGCCAAGAUCAUUGCUGUGCUGCGCACCCACUCUUCGUACUGUGACGACCCAGACCUGGUUUUGGAGCUGAAGAAUCUCAUAGUGAUUUUUGCCGACACGCUCCAGGGAUAUGGAUUUCCAGUCACCCGCAUGUUCGAUCUGCUGUUUGAGGUCCGAGACCAGUACAAUGAGACGUUGUUGAAGAAGUGGGCUCUGGUCUUCCGAGAAAUCUUUGAACUGGACAAUUACAGCCCUAUCCCGGUGGAGACGGAGGAGGAAUACAAGUCCGUCAUCAGCCGCUUUCCCUUCCAUGACCCCGAGGUGGAGAAGCAGGACUUUCCAAAGAAGCUCCCGAUGUCCCAAUCAGUGCCUCAAAUCUACUCCCAAGUCAAAGAGUUUAUCUAUGCCAGUCUUAAAUUCUCAGAGUCCCUUCACCGGAGCUCAACUGAGAUCGAUGACAUGUUAAGAAAAUCCACAAAUCUACUCCUGACUAGAAUUCUGAGCAGCUGUCUGCAGAACCUGAUUAAGAAGCCCCACAUAGGUCUGACCGAGCUGGUGCAGAUCAUCAUCAACAGCACUCACCUGGAGCAGGCCUGCAGGUACUUAGAGGAGUUCAUCACCAACAUCACCAACGUGUCGCCAGAAACGGUCCACACCACGCGGCUCUACGGCCUGUCCACCUUCAAGGACGCUCGUCACGCGGCUGAAGGAGAGAUCUACACGAAGCUGAACCAAAAGAUCGACGAGUUCAUCCAGCUGGCAGACUACGACUGGGGCAUGGCUGAGUCCGAGGGCCGGGCCUCUGGGUACCUCAUGGACCUCAUCAACUUCCUACGCUCCACAUUUCAAGUGUUCACUCACCUUCCGAAUAACAACAAUGACCAUGCGUCCAUGUCGGGCAAAGUGGCUCAGACGGCCUGUAUGUCGGCCUGUAAGCACCUCUCCACCUCCCUCAUGCAAAUGCUGCUGGACUCAGAGCUCAAGCAGGUCAGCAUGGGCGCCGUGCAGCAGUUCAACCUGGACGUCAUUCAGUGUGAACUGUUUGCAAGCUCCGAACCGGUUCCCGGGUUUCAAGGAGACACUCUGCAGCUGGCUUUCAUCGACUUGAGACAGCUCCUGGACCUCUUCAUGGUGUGGGACUGGUCCACGUACCUGGCGGACUAUGGGCAGCCCAACUCCAAAUACCUGCGUGUGAAUCCCGCCACAGCCCUGGCUCUGCUGGAGAAGAUGAAAGACACCAGUAAGAAAAACAACAUGUUCUCCCAGUUCCGAAAGAACGACCGGGACAAGCAGAAGCUGAUCGAGACGGUGGUGAAACAGCUGCGCAGCCUGGUCAACGGCAUGUCCUCCUGA